AUGUCGUUCCAGUGUCUAAGUCCACCUUCGACUCCAGGGAGCACCAACUGUGAAGAAGACAAGCUCGACAGCAUGAGUGACCCGCGUUUGGCUCAAUGCAAGACGGCUGCGGCGCAGAUUGAGGCUGCUCUCCAGUCUCAUCCGCACGCUUGGCAGAACUACCUACAGUCGGCGAGGAGCAUCGUUGCAGCAAUCAGCUCCAUGCAAUCGCUACCGACAGGAGACUGGAGCUACGUUGUUUCCGUGUUGCAAGACCUUGGGUUUGCCGACGCAGACAAUGGUAGCGUGACAGACAUCACCAACUGGUGCCAGACGCAGUGGCUGGCCAUACUGGAAAAACGACCGAACAGCACGGCGGCUCUUAAAGGAUUGGGUCAAUACUGGCUCCAGCGUGCUCAGCCGUCGUUAGCAAAGAUUCAUGCAGACGAGCGUGGCUCGUCUGGGAGCAGUAGAGGCAGCUUCGGGGAGCAAAUUUCUGAGGCACGCCUGCAUACUGCCAACUACGUCGAGGCGCGAGGGGUGCUGUCGCCUGCAUCGGAUUACUUUGCACGGGCGGUACAGGCUGCCUAUGCGGAAAGCUGUAUGACGGGGGAUCUGCUCGAAAAGGCUGCGGAAGCAUAUAUGAGCCUCGGCAAUGUUUCGUAUAGUCGCAAUAGUCAGCAAUACUUUAGUCAGGCCUUGCAGUAUCUGCAAAUGACGGCCAGCAUACCAGGCUACCAGCUACCGGAGCAUUUACAACAGUACCUGGAAGAGUACGGUCCUUUGGCUGGCUGA